UCCCCCAUUAUUUUAUUCCCCUUUGUAACCCCUUAAGAGCUCCUCCCCCGCCCUCUCUCUGCCCUCACCAAACCGAGCGUUAGACGGCUCCCCGUAAAAUAGUUCUCCUCACCGCCAGUUUUUCCAUCCCCCCAAUCCGUCCAUCUUUCUCUCUUCCUCCAGGACAAACCAGCGGCAAUCCGAUCGGGUCACGGCUGGGGCAGUGGAGUCGAUGGUGAUCUCCGCCGAGACGGCCUCGAGGCCGCCGGAUCCCCCGUCGGCGGCCACGGCCGCGUCCUCGAGAGCAGAGACGCAGGGUAACCUCCUUCAUAACUUCUCCUUUCCAGUGCUCAAGACGUGGGGAAACCAGCGGCUCCUUCGUUGCGUGAACGUGAACCGCAAAGGGGAGAUCAUCGGUGGCGGCACAGGCCGGAGAUCGGCGGUCGAGGGAGGCGGGCUGCGGAUCCGAGCUCCGGCGGAGGGCGGCGAGGGCGACGCGGGGCUGGAGGAGGUCAGGGAGAAGCUCCUCAUCCACCUCCGCGAGGCGGCGGACCGGAUGAAGCUGGCGGUCCUGCUUCCUACGGGCGGGUCCCCGGGGAAGCCGGAGCCGGAGCUGGAACUGGAUCCGGAACCCGUGGCGGGAGCGGAGCCGUCUUCGUCGGUGGCGGUGAGGCCGUGGAAUCUGAGGACGAGGAGAGCAGGGUCUAGAGCCCGGAUGGGGAUCGAGCGGCACCUGAGCGUCUCCCCUCCCCGGCCGCCGGUGGCGGCGGAGAGGAGGACGGUCCGGCUGAGGUCGGAGGACUUAGAGCGGAGGGACCGGCCCAAGUUCUCGAUCACGCUCACGAGGGAGGAGAUCGAGGAAGAUAUCUACGCGGUGACGGGAUCCCGCGCCCGCCGCCGGCCCAAAAAGCGGCCUCGCGUCGUCCAGAAGCAGCUCGACGGGUUGUUCCCUGGUUCAUGGUUGUCGGAGAUAACGGCGGACACGUACCGAGUUCCGGAGUAGAGCCCCCCAUGGCCGACCGACGGAGCUGCAAGGAGGUAAGCAUACCUCGUGCGGUGAUAUGAAUCCUUUCUCCGCUGAAGUUGGCUUGAUGGUUUGGGGUUAACUGACUCUAUAAAAAAGUUCGUGCGCAAAGCCUUUUAGGAGAGAGCAGUAACAAAUUAAAUCCUGCUCUAUCUUCUAUCGUACCUAUAGAUAUUCUCUUCUAUAGAAGCUUAUUUAGUCCCGAUAUAAAUAUUUGUUCUCUCUGCACGACUUUUCUUCUGGUCUUGUAUUAUGUGAAACCGUGUUCUUGUUAUUGUAGUCUUUUAGAACAAACUCUUCCUUUCCCUUUGAUGUGCUAAAAAUCAUUUUGU